UUCGUCCGUCCGUUCUCAGAGCAGAGCAGAGCAGAGGUGAGAGCCCAGACCUCGGCCGCCGCCCUCUUCCUCUUCUUCUCUGCAAACCACCCAUAAUCCUCCUCCUCCGGUAAGGAGGAUAUACUCUGGCGCCCGGGCCAGAUCUUUAAAUUUCCGCGGGAGGGCUGCUGUGCUGCACGUUCCUCCGUUUACCCCUAUCUGUCUAACGCGGAGGCGAAUUUGAAUUUCAGGACCAGUCCGCCUUGCUCUGGCUGACGCCAGACCUUCCUUCUUCUUCUUCUUCUUCUUCUCUUCUUCUCUUCAUGCGAGUAGUGCUGUUUAUAAUUUUAUUUAUACCACCGGAUCAAUAGCAGCAGCAGCACAAGUAGAGGAUCCAACCUCCCGAGUGCAAGCCGACUCGGUUUUGCUCCGGUGUACGGAUAACUUAUCUUCUUUUUCUUGUGGAACAAUAAUAAGUGUAUAAUAAUCCGAUUAGGACCCCUUUCCGACUGGGAGUGGGCUUUGCUGCUCCCGGUGCAGCGCUAAGUUAUUAUAAAUAGUGGCAGAGUAAGGACGAGGAUUGGCCUGUGAUAAUCGAGCCUCCACGCUCGCCUCAAAGAUUUCGUUCAAAGCAUCGUCGGCUUUCAGCUUCCUCACACUCCAUGGAGGCCAUAAAUAACGGUUUCAGCGACAAUUCCCGCAGCCAACAACUGGAUGACGAAGAUAUGCUCAGCACCCUCACUGAUGAUAUCUUACUGUCAAUCUUGGGGAGAGUCAGUUCAGUUGUGGCUACAAGGACAAGUGUGCUCUCUACACGGUGGAGGCAUCUGCCUUGGUUGCUGCCUGAACUCAGCAUCGAUGUCAAGGAUUUCCUAUCUGCUCCGUGUGCUGAACCUAUUGAGGCAAAUGAUAUGGAACAAACUAUGGCGUCUUUAACCAAAGCAACCAGGAGUUUGUUGGAUAAACAACAGAGAGAAUCCAGUAUCUCAAGUUUGCACCUUGACCUCUAUUUGAUCAGCAAUUUCCUUUGUGAAGUUGGCCAACUGAUAGGUGAUGCAAUCGACAAUGGUUUGUUGAAAGAUUUGGAUCUCACCGUUCUUGAUGAGAUGGAGCCUCUCGACUGUAGCGAGGAAGAGCUGCAACAGCGAGCACAAGACAUAGAUGCUUUUUUCACUGCCUACCCUAGUGUGCUCCUCUGCCUCACAAAGCUCUCUCUAAAAAAUGUAGGCUUUGACAAAUUGGACAUGCACCAUCUCCUGUUUGACUGCUGCAAGCAACUGACGCAUCUAACUCUUCAUCAUUGUGAUACCGGUUCCUUCUCUCUCUUUAAAAUCGAUGCACCGGGCUCAAGACUCCGUGUUCUAGAAAUCGAGAAGUGUCGCUUUCUGAAAAUCGACCUGGUGUGCCUCCCAAAAUUAGAGAAGUUCUUAUGGGAGACCUGGGUAUCUCAGGUUGCCCCAUUGACCUUUGGUUUUGUCCCAUCUCUUGGGGAAUUAGAACUCUCAAGUGCUUCGAAUUGUCAGCAACGCUUAUUUAGAUUAAGUGAGCUUCUACACGGAGUAAGAGGCAUACAUACUCUCACAUUGGAUUUCCAAGGAGAAACCCUUUGGUUGCAACCUGAAAUGGAGGAACUCUGCACCGCAUUCAGCAAGCUAAGGAAGCUGUUCAUACGUGGUAUAUUUGUUGAAUUUGACAUUUUAUGGACGACAGCUUUUCUUGUAGCAGCACCAUCUAUCGAAAUGUUGCAUAUUGAGAGGUAUGGGAACAUACAUGCGAUGUGGGCGAGGCCAGGCUUGCUACCUACCAUGAAAGAAGGAAUCCUCAAUGGGAAAUGCACUUGGACAGGAGCUCCGACAACAUGCUUCUGAAAGAGCUUGAAUUCGCUGGAUUUAAAUCACUUGAACAACAGUUUACAUUUAUUAGAUCCAUAUUGGAGCGAUCUCCCAACUUGCAGAAGAUAGUUCUGAGAGAUGAGGAGCAGUGCGAUGAUUGCGAUGCCCUUAAGGUACCUCGUCCUUCGAGAUUUCCUAUGAAGAAAGAUGAGCAAGAAAUGGUGGUUAAGCGGAUUAGAGAUGGCAUGUUCUCGCCAGAUAUGUUUUUUACAAAUAUGAUAAGUUGUAAGUUGUAAGAGAAAUAACAGUUUGUAUACUCCAUGUCCUGUUGCUUUAAUAUUCCUCGUUGCCUGACGGCUGAGCAUCUCAGAUUAGGUUUCGACUCUGCACAUCUUUUGAUGUUAUCAAAAGGUA